UUUAUCUCUCUGUUUCCUUUGGUUAUGAUCUUAGCUUUCCUUCUGAUUGUUGAGAUUCGACGGAUCUUACGGCAGCGGUCGACAGUCAGCGGAUCGCCAGAUUCCUCUCUCCGAUGGGGAGAAAGGUGUUUUCCUGGAUCUCUCUCUAUCUGUGGGUGUGAGGCUUGCUGAUCGUGGAUGAAAAGUUGGAUCUCUCAACGGAGUAGAGAAUCUGAAGUUGUGCAUCCGAAUCAGGCAAGAAGAAUCCCUAAAUAUGCCCGCUUGAUUCUCUCUUUUUCUUUUUGCUUUAUAGAGACUAUAUCAUUGUC